CGUGACCCUCCCCGGGGCUGGAACCGAGAGAGGGAGAGAGGGAAAAAAGUUGUGGGGAAGAAAGCAGCAAUCUCUUGGCUGGCCCGUCCCAGUCUACUCCAAGCGGUGCAUUUGGCAGGAGGCGCUCCGGAGCGGCAGCAAGAGCAGCAGCCGGCUCUUCCCUCCCAUGCUCGGCACCAGAGCCCUCCGCACUGCCCCCUUUGAUCCGCGUCGGUCCCCGCUUGCCUUCCCCGCGCCAGGAUCCCCGCUUUUCCCUCCCACGGAUCCUACGAGCUCCGCACUGGCUGUCAAGAAGAACCAUGGACUGUUUCUAUCUGCCGUGCUUUCUGUCAAGACACCAUGACGCCUGGUAACCGAAUGCUGAUGGUCCUCCUAUUGUGCCAAGUGCUGCUCGGAGGGGCGACUCACCGUGCCAGCCUCAUCCCCACCGAGAUUGGCAAGAAGAAGGUGCCGGGGGACCUCCACCCUCACCACCCGCAGCAGCCGGCGCCUCGAGGGGGGGACCAAAGGGGCGAGGGUGUGGGGGGCGCUUCCACGGGCUCCUCUCGCCGCCCUCUGCCCAGCCAUGAGCUGCUCCGUGGCUUCGAGGCCACCCUCCUGCAGAUGUUCGGCCUCCGCCACCGGCCCAGGCCCAGCCCGGAUGCUCUGGUGCCCUCCUACAUGUUGGACCUCUACCGCCUCCAGUCCGGGGAAGGGGAGGACCGCCUCCAUGACCUCAGCCUCCAGUAUCCUGAGAAGCCCACCAGCCGUGCCAACACCGUCCGCAGCUUCCACCACGAAGAACACCUGGAGCAAGUGCCGGGUUCAGAUCCCCGCCUGGGCCGCUUCCGCUUCUUCUUCAACUUGAGCAGUGUGCCGCUGAUUGAGGCCAUCUCUACCGCGGAGCUACGUCUCUUUCGUGAGCGGGUUCCUGAGGCCGCAGAGGAGGAUGAGCAUGACCUCCACCGGAUCAAUGUUUACGAGGUGAUGAAGCCGUGGCGGGACGGGGAGGACCCGGUCACCCGGCUGCUGGACACUCGCCUGGUGCGCCACAACGUGAGUGGCUGGGAGAGCUUCGACGUCAGCCCGGCGGUGUCGCGAUGGACGGCGGGCGGUCAGCCCAACCACGGCUUGGCGGUGGAAGCCAUCCACCUCCACCCCAAGCAAACUCAGCAGGGCCGGCAUGUCCGGAUGAGCCGCUCUUUACCUCAAGGCGGGGGGCGCCUAGAGGACAGCGCUUGGGCCCACUUGCGUCCACUUCUGGUGACUUUUGGCCACGAUGGUCCCAGUGGCUCGGCCCUGACACGCCGACGGAGGGCUAAGCGGAGCCCCAAAGGACCAGGUGGCUCUGGCGGGCGGGGACAACGCAAGGGCAAGAAGAACUGUCGGCGCCACGCCCUCUAUGUGGACUUCAGUGAUGUGGGUUGGAAUGAUUGGAUUGUGGCUCCGCCGGGCUACCAGGCCUUCUACUGCCACGGUGACUGCCCCUUCCCCUUGGCCGACCACCUCAACUCCACCAACCAUGCCAUUGUCCAGACUCUGGUCAAUUCCGUCAACGGCAGCAUCCCCAAAGCCUGCUGUGUGCCCACCGAGCUGAGCGCCAUCUCCAUGCUCUACUUGGACGAGUAUGACAAGGUGGUCCUCAAGAACUACCAGGAGAUGGUGGUCGAAGGAUGUGGUUGCCGUUGAGGACUGGUAUCAAAGAGGGAGCGGGCCAGCCAAGGAGCGUUUGCUGGGGUCGGAGUGAUGGCGUUGGACUACAAAGCCCAACAUCCAUAGGAAGAUGAGUCAGGAGUUCUGGGAUGAAGAACAACCAGCCAAGGGACAGACUGGACAUGGGAAGGAGACCAGAAUUGGUGGGCAAAAGAGUGGGCUCCAAUCCAAUCUAGGAGUUUUAGAUUAUCACACUAUACUGUUACAGCAUUGUUCUUCUACUAUUCUUCCUGUGGAAGCCUGGGAUUUGCAGUUUAGGGAUGGGCCUUUAAAGUUCUCAGCCACAGAGAUCUUGGGCCUCACUACAAACUACAAAGCUCACGAUUCCACAGAAGGCAGCAAUAGCAGUGAAAGUGGAAUAACAGUGCUUUAAUAGUGUGGUGUGAUAAUCUUCUAGGCCCUCUCCUUUGCUGAACGUUGUCAUGCUCAGAGAAUUAGAGAGAGCAGUGCUUGGGAAAUGGACUUUGUGGGACUACAGUGCCCAGCAUCCCCAGGAGGAUGGAUAUUUGUGGGGCUUUUGGGGAGAUUUGGUCCUUCCAAGGGAAGGUUUCAGGGCUUUGCGAGACUAUAGUGCCCAGCAUCCCAAGUAGGAUGGGGUUUUUUUGAGGAUUUCUGGAGAUUUGGUCCCUUCUGAGCUCAAGAGUUCUUGGGGAACUCUGAGAAGGAGAAAAUAGUUGGGAAAGAGGGAUUCUGGAAGCUACAGUCCAAAAAGGUAACAAGGAAUUAUGGAAGAUUUGAGGAUUCUGGGAGCUGCAAUAUCAAAUCCUAACUUUUCCAAGCUCAAAGAAAGCGGGGCAGGAAUGUUUGAUAAACUAUUUCUAUAACGGCGCUCCAUGCAGUCAUGCCGGCCACAUGACCUUGGAGGUGUCUACGGACAACGCUGGCUCUUCGGCUUAGAAAUGGAGAUGAGCACCACACCCCAGAGUCAGACAUGACUGGACUUAAUGUCAGGGGACUAC